GGUGUGGGAAGGAGGGGCUUCCCUUCGGUUUCCUGCCUCAAUCACAUGGCUUGGGCCGGUUUCCAUGGCAAAGGCAAGAGGGGGUGGGCGCUCCCCAGCGAGCGCCUGGGAGACUUCGGUGUUUUCGCCCUGACUCCGUGAGCCAAGGAACAAAGGAAAGGCGACAGGCCGGCCGGCCGCCCCUUCCUCGCCCUGCUGGUUCUGCCCGGCCACCUGGACAUGCGGAGAACGGAACAUCAAGGAAAGGUUGUGGAAAAGAGACAGUUGCGUGCAAGAAUGCCGUGGAAUGCAUCCGUAAAGGGAAUUCUGUUCUCACUAAGGGAGUCCCUCCCGGUGGAGCUCGACAAUGUCGCUCUCCGUGCGGCCGCAGCGGCGAAGCCUGGUUGUCAAGAUCAAUAGGAGCCAGUCUUUUGCAGGCGUCAACUCCACCCAGGACAAAUCUUACAGGAGCUACCCUGCGUUCACCCCUACCGUCUCCAGGAAGUCUGGCUCCAGAGUCAGUAGGAUGUUUUCAAUGUCCCACAAGUCCCCUCCACCCAAGGUGCCCCAGCCGGAGCGACUCGACGAGGUGUAUGAAGCACUGAAGAAGGGACUCACUGCUUACCUGGAAGUGCACCAGCUGGAAUUGGAGAAACUGAACACCCAAAUCCGCGAGUCCAAGAGGAAUUCUCGCUUGGGCUUUCUCUAUGAUCUUGAUAAGCAAGUCAAGUCAAUUGAGCGGUUCCUGCGCCGUCUGGAAUUCCAUGCUAGCAAGAUCGAUGAGCUUUAUGAGGCCUACUGCAUCCAGCGACGGCUCCGAGAUGGGGCUCACAACAUGGUCAAGGCCUACACCACCGCCUCCCCUGGCAGCAAGGAGGCUCGUGAGAGUCUAGCUGAAGCCAGCAGGGGCUACAAGGAGUACACGGAGAACAUGUGCCUCUUGGAAAGCGAACUGGAGAGUCAGUUGGGAGAGUUCCACAUCAAGAUGAAAGGAUUGGCUGGCUUUGCUAGGCUCUGUGCUGGGGAUCAAUAUGAGAUCUUCAUGCGGUAUGGGCGCCAGCGGUGGAAGCUGCGGGGGCGCAUUGAGGUGAAUGGCAAGCAAGUGUGGGACAGCGAGGAGAUGGUCUUCCUGCCCCUCAUCACAGAGUUCCUGUCCAUCAAGGUCACGGAGCUCAAGAGCCUGGCCAGUCACGUGGUGGUGGGGAACGUCUCCUGCGAGACCAAGGAUUUAUUUGCAGCCCUGCCCCAGGUUGUGGCUGUGGAUAUCAAUGACCUGGGCACCAUCAAACUGAGCCUGGAGAUCAACUGGAACCCCUUCGACAAAGAGGACCAGCCACCAUCUGCCAGCACUGUAAACAAGACAUCCACGGUCAACAAAAGGUUCUCCACAUACAACCAGAGUCCACCCGACACGCCCUCAAUGCGCGAACAGGCCUUCUAUAACAUGUUGCGGCAGCAGGAAGACCAGGAGAACGGGGCGGCCUGGUCCAUCUCUUCCGAGUCCUCGGAUGAUUCCUCCAGCCCGCAGCUGUCCGGGAGUGCCCGCCACACACCACCAAGGCCUAUUGUACAGCCCGCAGUGCAGGCCGUUGCGCCAGCCAUAGAAAUCGCCUUUACGCAGCCCGAGGACAAAGAGCCCCCCACCCAGCGAGAGGAGGUGGCGGCAGUGGUGAAUGGGCACAUGCCCUACGCCCGGACUCUUAGCCAAAUCAGCGAGGCCAGUGUGGACCUGCCGGCUGCUGAGGACAAGGAAGGCACCGUCCCCGCAGACUCUAGUCCCAGGGAGUUGCCUACCCUGGAAAUGGACUCCUUGCCCCCAAGGGGGGACUCGGUGCUGGACAUCCGGAUCAGUGAGGGUGAAGAGCAGGAGGCAGAGCCUGUGGGAGCCACCCCCGUUGCAGAGGAGAGUGAGGACACUGCCUGCGAGGCUCCGGAGGCUCAGCCCCCGACACCCUCACUGUCCCCGCCAGCCUCAAGGGAGCUUCAGCCAAUGGGGGUCUCGAAGGCACCAAGGCCCAAACCUGUAGACUGUGGGCUGGAGGAGGCCAUCAGCUCACUAGGCUCUGCUCUGGAUGACUACCGGGGACAGUUCCCUGAACUGCAGACCUUGGAGCAGGAGCUCAAGCACCUAGAGGCCAUUCUCCUGCAAAAGCAGGGUCUGUGCCUGAGCCGGGCCUCCAGCACCAGCCUGACGGUGCAACGCGCUCUGGAGAGUUUCAAUUUCCUCAAUGUUUCCGAUACAGAUGACUCAGAGGGAGAUGAGGACAGGAAGGCUAGCAGUGCACAGACUGCACCCUUGGACAGGGUAUCAGGAGCCAGUGAAGCUGUUGCUGAGGACACAGCAGGGUGCUUGAGCACAGAUUGCUUGAGCACAGAUGGUGGCCCAGAGCCCAUGAGCACUGGCAGUGAGUUUCUUGACAAGGCGCUGGUUCUCCAUCUAAACCACUGCAACCAUCUGCUGCUGAAACUGGGCCAUUUUGGACCCCUCCGCUGCCGAGAAAUGUAUGCGCUUGACCGGUUGGCAAGAGAAGCACAAGUGCUGGAGAUGGUUUGCCGCUUGGCAAAGGAUCAGGCAGGGAUGGCCAGCUCUGCAGAGGAAGUGAUACAGUUUUCUGCAUGGAAGGAGGGAGUCCUGCCCUUCUGGGACAGCUGUGUUGCCAUCCCUAAUGUGUACACCUGCCCUGUGGAACGGUUCCUGCAGACUCUCAACUCCCAGUAUGCCGCACGAGUCAACGAACGCCAACAAGGCCUAGCAGAUCCACUGUGUGUGAAGCUGGUGGAAGAGCUUCUCCAACGCAGGCUGCCCAGGCGGCAGGGAAGCUGCCAGGCUGAGCAAGUCACUAUCUUCCAGUAUUGGAGCCACUUUGAAGCUCUGCCUGCGUUGACCUUGGACUCCUUUGUUCUGGAGUUAGCGGAGGAAGUGCUGCUAGCUCAGAACCUGAACUCAGAUGACCAAGACGUAGUCCUGAAGGCCCUCAAGCGUGUGCCCGAGAGCCGGCUCCGCAAAGACGGACUGAAAACCCUGAGCUUGCUUCUCGUUGAAGGAAACAGCAAAGUUGUGGGAGCUGUGUCGGCUCAGCUGCGUAGCCUGUCGGAGAACCCUGGCUUCCGGGAGCGGGCCCUUGUAUGCUACCUUGAGCAGCUGGAGGACGAAGAGAUACAAAUGCGGAUUGCUGCCUGUGCCGCUCUGGGAUGCCUUAAGGCCAAGGAGGGCAUUGAGCAGCUGGUGUACCUGUGCCAAACUGACAAGGAGGCCGUGCGGGAGGCAGCCAAACAGAGCCUGAUGCUAUGUGGGGAAGACGGAAAAUCUGCUCACAGACGGCUGCAGGAGUCCUUUGACAGCUUGCCACGCAUCUUUGCCCCAGGGAGCAUGGCCAGCACUGCGUUCUGAGGAGCACCGUGCUGACCUGCCUGUGGAUCCUUUUGUGGUCACAGCCCUUGCAUGCCACAGGACCUCCAGUGAGUUGUGUGACCUGGGGGUCAAGCCAGCAUGCCACAGGUUCCUUGUCCUCUGGCGCACAUGCACACAGCAGUAUUAGCACCGCCCGCACACUGCCUUAUGCGGAGGAUGCCUUUCCAUAACUCCACUGGCUGGUGCCCUCAUGGAGUUCAACAUGAGCCCCGUCAGUUGAGAACCUCCUCCAUUUCUUUCUCCCAUAGAAGCCCAUUGGGUUGGGGAACUGCGAACUUGGACCCUCUACCAUAAGCUGGGGUCAACAUGUCCCUUUCUGGAAAAAUAAAUUAAAAGUUGAGCUUUGAGGGCUGUGGCACCACAUCCUCAGUAAUCAAGGCCAUCCCCAUUUGAGAUAAACUUGGAAAAAACUGUGUGUGUUGAGGUCCCACUUCAUGUUCGGCCGUUUUUGUCUUGCCCAGGUCCUUCAGCCGUUGGGGCUGUGAAUACUGCAAGAAAUGGGGGUCAUGUUUGUUCUGUGAUGGGGGGGGCGGGUGAGGUUUGCUGCCUGGGCUGCCAAUUCUUCUCACUGUUGUGAGAGGGGGAGAAAGCACAAAGAUGACAGGAGGGAGCUUUUCACCUCCCAGGGGGGAGGGAGCGAUUUGUUUUUAAGGAUGUUGUAGAAGAGACAUAGACAGGCAGAUGCUGCCAUCUGGUAUUGUUGGGAUUUGGGGGGGGGGUAUUUUAUUUUUAUUUACACGUUUGGGGAGUGUUUUGCAGACAAUAAAAGCAAAGGUUCCUUUUCUAUAAAAUCUCUAUAAAUUUAUCUGUUUAUCUACAUAGAUAUAUAAAUAUAUAUAAUGUAAUUAUUAUUGAGAAGUUUGGCUAAUUUUGACUUUAAGCCUGAAAUAAAAAUAAGUUUGUGGAA